CCCCAAACCACUUUUCGACAUCCCAUCCGGACACCCCUCAGCACAUGAUGGCGGAAGCGGAAUCCGAGACUACGCCCAACCCUAUCUCUCGCCUGCCCGUGGAUUUCAUUGACUGCAUAGACUAUCACGAUGCCGUGGACCAGCUCAAACUACUCAAUCGAGGCGCCGGCUUCGUCAUCACCAUCGACAGGACCAAGGCGGACAGCAAUGCGCUCAAGCAGACGCGUAAGGUGUUUCUGCGCUGUUGGAAAUCCAGAGCCUACAAGAGCACCAGUACCGGCCGCCGGAGGGGCCACACACGCUCGACAGAGUGUCCUUGGAGAGCAACCCUGACGCGUCAGGAUGGCGGCUGGCGCGUCGAAGUCAAACACAUGGAGCAUAAUCACGAGCUGGACGAAGGGUCACCACCACGUCCGACAGUGCUUCGCCGUCAGGUUCCCAAGGCACCCCUACGUGCGUUGGCAGCAUUAACUCCCCACCAACUCCAGGGAGAAGGUUUGCAACCCACAGCUGAUCCCCUUCAACACCCAAAUGGAUUCCAACCGCUCCCUCCCAUGGGGGUUGCAAAUGGCGAAGGCGCUGUCUACGCACCUCAGCCCUUCGGUGGUUAUUCGCCAUAUCCAUCCUUUCCGGCCCAUCAUCUCCCUCCAAUGGCAUACCCUCCAGCUCCAGGCCCUCCAGCUCCAGGCCCUCCAGCUCCAGGCCCUCCAGCUCCAGGGCCGCCUGGUGGGCCACCAUCUCAGAACCCCCAAGGACACGAUCCCUCUGGCAGCAAUAUCACGUGGUUGACACCACUUGGACCACAGUCGGCUGCCCGUAUGCAUCAACCUCGCCCACCACCUCCACCCUCUACUGGCCCACAGCCGCCUUCUGGUGCACCGGCAUCUUCUGGCCCAGCGCCUCCGUCAGGCAGGCGGGUGCGUCGGGGAGGAUAUGCUGUGAUGUCCGAGAUCCCAGUAAGCCCGUCGUAGAAGUAGCAAUAUGGCACUUCUGGCUCACCCAACGUAGCGCUAUAGGGUCCCGCUCGAACAGAGAACAGUGGCAACGCCACGCAAUCAAGUUCGACCGGAACCGCCAGCCUUCGUGAUCUAUCAUGAUGAU